CUAGGUCACUCAACCCACGCCCCCAGAGUAGAACGUGCAGCCCGAGUGAAAGAGAUUGACCUUCAUUGCCUCUCGAAGGAUGCUAGUCUAGCAGAACAAUUGAACCUUACAUUCGCGAUUGACGGAUAUGAUAGCAGGGUCCGACUGCAGCUGGAGCCCAAUCGUGCCAUCAUCUCGAAAGAUGCCCACAUUCAUUAUCUCGAUGGCAGUGGAAGGCUCAAAGAGGCUCAGUCCUUUGCCGACCACCAAGGAAGAGUCUUCUAUGGCGAUGCCUGGGUAUCUUCCACCGAUAGCUCGUGGGAUUCAGCCGGCCGAGCCCGGGUAUAUCUAAUUCGUGAUGGAGACAGCCCGUUGUUCGAGGGGACUGUAAGUCUGUUUGGUCGGUACUAUGAUCUUAAAGCCGUCACCGCCGUGGAUGGCUUGGUUAAUACCUCCCUGACGCACGUGGAAAUAACCGCGCCCGAUGCAGCCCUAAACCAGUUGCAAGACUUAUCUGCAGGCACGGUGCAGCACACUCGCGCUUUUGGAGAUUUCGCCGUCUCGGCAGCCGCAGGAGUAGUGAUGCAUAGCCGGUUUUCCACGCGCCAGUACAUGGGAAAUCUCAACGAGGUGCUCCAGCACAUAGGCAGCACCGCCGGAUGUCCCACCUCGCGAAGGAUUGCUCUCAUUGGCCUGGCCACAGAUUGCACCUUUCGAGAGGCGUUUGGGUCCAGUGACGAAAUGCGACGAGUACUAAUCAGCAUGGUCAAUGCAGCUUCGGAAGUGUUUGAACAGACUUUCAACAUCUCUCUUGCCAUCCGGAACCUCACCAUCAGUGACGAAGCCUGCCUCGAGCGCGCUUCCGACACCACGCCCUGGAACGUACCGUGUUCCGCGGGGGAUAUAGACUGGCGUCUUCGACAGUUUGCCUCCUGGAGAGAGUCCCAAGAUGGGGCAAAUGCCUACUGGACGUUGAUGACGAACUGUCCCACCAACAAUGUGGUGGGUGUGUCUUUGGUCGGGGGGCUGUGCAACAUCAAUCAAGGUGCCAACGUCGUGGCGCGCACUAUAAAUCAAUGGCAGGUCUUUGCCCACGAAUCAGGGCAUAUGUUUGGAGCGAUUCACGAUUGCGAAUCCCCUGCCUGCUCUUCGUCUCGCGCGCAAUGCUGUCCUCUUUCCUCCUCCAUAUGCGACGCAUCAGGUGCAUAUCUGAUGAACCCAUCUUCCUCUUCUCGACAGACCACAUUCUCACCCUGCAGCAUCGGGAACAUAUGUUCCUUGAUCGGCAACCGACGGGUGCAGACCUCGUGCCUUGCCGAUGAUAGCGACCGCAACCUGACUAUUAUAACAGCAGACGGAUGCGGAAAUGGUAUCGUCGAAGAAGGGGAGGAGUGCGACUGUGGUGGACAUUGUCAGGAGGACGCCUGCUGUGAUGGGGCCACGUGCCGCUUCCGGGAGGGGGCAAACGCUCGGUGUCAGGGGGAUAAUGGAAGUCAAUGUCAAGGCGACAGCUGUAAUAAUCGGCAGCCAACAGACUCGUGGUUUGAUCGCUACGGUUUGCUGGUAAUUGGACUGGUUUCCGGAAUCGGAGGAGGGUUAGUUCUUGGGGUGUUGAUUGUCUUGAUCUGGUGCUGCAGUACUCCUCGUCACCGCGCGGGGUCCAGAAAGCGUGCGCCUGUGGCAGCCCAGAGAUAA